AUGCCUCGGCACCUGCUCGCGCCGGUGGGUGCGGCGGGGGCCCCACGACCCUCGGCGGUGACGGUCUUCAACGCGCUGGCGUCGGGGCCGCUGCAGUCCUGGGCCACCCUGGAGCCCCUGCUGGUCAAGGCUCACGUCUGGGAGGGCGCCGACCAGCUCAGCAAAUUUCAGAGCGCCUUCUCGCUCGCGCUAGGGGUCUCGAUGCUCUCAGGGCUGCUGAACGGCGUGCUCUUCGACGUGCUGGGGCCGAGGUGGGUGCUCACGGUCGGCUCCUUCGGCCUCGCCCUGUGCCACCUGGUGAUGGCCUUUGCGGUGCAGAACCCGGCCUGGAACGACCAGAUUUGGGGGGGGUGUCCGGCGGACUGUAUUUCUUCGCCUGGCUGA